CGCACACCCUUUGCUGACUCCAUAGCUCAGCCAGAACGAACGUGGGUUCCGGGGCACAGGUGUGUAAGAAACUAGCGCCAGCGGCAAGGAAGGUCGGUCCCCAGGCCAUGGGGGGACAGCUGAGGCUGCCGCCCGGAGAGCCCUGCCGAGAAGGCUAUGUGCUGUCUCUGGUUUGUUCAAAUUCGUCCCAGGCUUCCUGUGAGAUCACAAACGUGUCACAGCUGCUGGCUUCUCCCGUCCUCUACACAAACCUGAACUCCACCAUAACCAACUUCAGCAUUUCGGCAAAUGUAGAAAACAAAUACAGUCCUUAUGUGGGCUUCGUAUUGGCCAUAAGCUCCAGCAUUUUUAUUGGCUCAAGUUUUAUACUCAAAAAAAAGGGUCUCUUGCAACUGGCUAACAAGGGCGUUACUAGAGCAGGGCAAGGUGGAUACUCUUACCUCAAGGAAUGGGUGUGGUGGGCAGGACUACUGUCGAUGGCAGCUGGAGAGGCUGCGAACUUUGCUGCUUACGCAUUUGCACCUGCCACCUUGGUCACCCCACUGGGGGCUCUGAGUGUUCUCAUAAGUGCAAUAUUGUCUUCCUAUUUUUUAAACGAGCACUUGAACAUUCACGGGAAAAUAGGCUGCAUACUAAGUAUACUGGGGUCAACUGUGAUGGUUAUCCAUGCCCCACAGGAGGGAGAAGUCACUUCUUUGCAUGAAAUGGAAAUGAAACUGAGAGAUCCAGGUUUCAUUUCCUUUGCCGUGAUCGUCUCUGUGAUCUCGUUGGUGCUGAUUCUGAUUGUGGCCCCGAAGAAAGGACAGACUAAUAUAUUGGUCUAUAUUGCAGUCUGUUCUCUAAUUGGAGCAUUUUCGGUUUCCUCUGUCAAGGGCUUGGGGAUUGCCAUUAAGGAACUACUAGAGUGGAAGCCGGUUUACAAGGACCCCCUGGUCUUCAUCCUGCUGGCUGUGCUUAUACUUUCAGUAGCAACACAAGUUAACUAUCUCAACAAAGCCCUGGACACUUUCAACACAUCUCUGGUGACUCCUAUUUAUUACGUGUUCUUCACGUCCACCGUGGUGACCUGUUCUGCCAUCUUGUUCCAGGAGUGGUAUGGCAUGAAAGCUGGCGAUAUCAUUGGUACCCUGAGUGGGUUCUUCACCAUCAUCAACGGCAUCUUCCUUCUGCAUGCUUUUAAAAACACCAACAUCACCUGGAGCGAGCUCACAUCUACUAAGAAAGAAGUCUUUUCUCCCAGUGGCAGUCACAGCAAUUAUGUUCUACUAGACAAUACAGACUGCUCAGCCACGGGGUGCGAUGAUGACGUCACCCUGUUUAGCAGGAGUGAUGACCAAAAUAUCCAUAAACUUUGAGCUUUAACAGAGACACCCAGAGAGAAAUAGUACUUAUUCCUGGAAGGUCCAUCUUCAUGUUAGCAUAU